GUGAGGAGCUGAAACCUGGAGCAGACCUGCUGUGGAUUUUAAACCUCUGAUUUUAGAGUUUGUGUGGAGAACAGCAAGAAAAUGAGCAAAAGCAAGAAUAAAAGUGACAAUAAGACGGAGAAGGCUUUGGCUGCGGAGAAGGAGCAGUUUGGGAAACAACAGCUUCACUGCAUCAGUAAAACUGUCUCCUCCUCUGAAACUCCUCCUAAAGAGAAAUAUGUCCGCACCAUCAUCAUGGGGACAUACAAGGAUGCUGGAGCUACAACCUUCUGGUCCUACAUCCUGAACCUGCCUCUGUCCUCUCACUCCAUGGUCAGCUGGAAGUUCUGCUACCUGCUGCACAAAGUGCUCCGAGGCGGACACAGAAAUUCUGUCAGAGAUUCUCACAGAUACUGUCACACCGUCAAAGAUAUGGGCAUUCUCUGGGGAAACUUGCAUGACCGUUACGGCCACAUUGUCGCCUUGUCAGCGAAAUACCUCUGCCUCAAAAUGGAGUUCCAUGCCAAGCACAAAGCGAUCCCAGGAAACAUGGAGAUCAGCGAUGAGACGUUGGAGAAGGAGGCAGGAACGGACAUGACCAAAGUCUUGGAUAUGACACAGGAGCUGCUGGGCUGCCUGGACGCUGGAUUGAAGAUGUCUGAGACAGUUUUCAGUCAGCUGGAUGCAAACGGCGCCAAAUCAACGACUCCAGCCGGUCAGUGCAGACUGACGCCUCUGAUCCCGCUCAUCCUGGACUGCAGCUUCCUCUACCACUUCUCUGUUCUCCUGAUGUUCAAACUUCACAGCCGCAUGGCUCCGGAUAUUCUUCUUGGACAUCGAGAGCGGUUCAGAGAUCUGUUUGGAGGCCUCAAGCAGUUCUUCAACAGAGCCCAAGAAAUUGAGUUCUUUAAGACUAUUAUCCGCAUCCCUGAUCUCCCAGAUGAACCUCCAAACUUCCUCCGUGCCGCCGCGUUGGGUGAGUACAAAAAGGCGGUGGUGGUGAUGCCGAACGAGGAGCGUCACGAGGAGGAGGAAGUGGAGACACAACAGACCCCACAGUACUAUCUGAUGAGCCAGAUGGGAGGAUCUGAUCCAGCGGUUGAGCAGAGGGAGAAAGAGAACGACAGUCUGAAGAGAGAGCUGCAGGUCCUCAAACCGGAGCUGCAGCUCAUCAAGACUGAGGCUCAGAAGGCCGUAACCGAGUUAAGGUAUCAGGUGAAUCGCCUGGAAGCCGAGGUGGAGGAGCAGCGCACACACAAACAGAUGGCCAUGGUGGAAAACGAGCACCUGAAGAUGGAGGUGGGGGCUCUGAGGAGCGCUAACGUCGCCGGUGUCGGAGCUCAGAUCGGACUCAAGGAGGCAGACACGAGAGCUCAGGCAGCAGAGGUCAGAUUCACUCAGCUCAAGGAGAGACAUGCAGAGCUGAUCACCAGUCACGCUGACUUAAUGAAGAAGAACGCAGACACAGUGAGGUUUCUGUCCAGUGCACAACAAGGCCAAGACGAUCUGCUGAGAGCCAAACAGCAGAUGGAGAACGAGCUGGCACUACUGCGACAGGAGAAAAGAAACAUGAUGAAUCAGCAACAGGAGGCCGAACGUCUGAACAGAGAACUCCUGGAGCAAAGAGCAGAGUUGGCUCUCCUCCGCAGCACUCUGGAAAACAAAGACAGGGAGGGAUCUCAGGUGAGCAGCAGCCUGGCAGCUCUGCAGGCCGAGCGAGACGUCUUGCUGCGCUCUGCUGCAGAGAGAGACGCCGAGCUGUCCUCCCUGAGACAUCAGGCCCAGCAUCAGCAGGGAUCCCUGGACCUGGAGAGAGACCGGCUCAACCGAGAGCUGGAGGCUCUGAGAGCUCAGCUACAGCAGCAGCUCGCCAUCAACGCAGAGCAGAAGUUGGAGAUCGACCGGCUGAGACGAGAGCUGGACUCGACGCGAGCCGAGCUGACCGUCGCAAACAACGCGCUGAAGAGCAAAGAGAUGAGUGGGACCCACCUGAGCAGCUCACUGGUCGGGCUGCAGGCGGAGAGAGAGGUGCUGCUGCGCUCCAUGAGUGAGAAGGACGCCGAGCUGGGCUCGCUCAGACAGCAGGCUCAGCUCCACCACAGCUCCAUGGAGCAGGAGAGGCAGAGGAGCAGCAUGGAGCUGGGGAACCUGCAUGCUCAGUUACAGCAACAGGCGUGCCGUGAAGGCGAGCUGACCAAGAAGCUGCAGGACGAGCAGUUCGGUCUGCUGCAGUGUGCCGUGGUGGAGGCUGAGGGCAUCAUACUGGACGCUGUGGCCAAACUGGACGACCCCAUACACGUCUGCUGCAUCAGCUCACCUGAUUACUUGGUGAAUCGAGCUGAAAUCACUCUGAGCUCCAUCGACAAAAUGCAGCAGAGUCACUCGGUCUACCUGGGAAACAAGAACGAUGCCAGUGGUUUGUUGAGAUCGGUCACACAGUUCUCCCACCUCGCCGCCGACACGAUUGUCAACGGAGCAGCGACGUCCCACUCUGCUCCCACCGACCAGGCCGACCGUUUGACUGACAGCUGUAGAGACUGCUCCAAUCACUGUCUUCAGUUCUUGAAGGAUUUGAAGUUUCAGGCCAGUUUACCGCGAGCUGACCCGUCUGCGAUCCGCUACACCAUCCAACGACUCCUGGCUUUGGGACAGGAUUUGCGUCCCAAAGGGCAGGACGUGUGCAAAGAAGAGCUCGGAUGCCUGGUGGAUAAAGAGAUGCUCGCUACAUCCACGGCCAUCGAGGAGGCCGUGCUGCGGAUGGAUGAGAUCAUGAAUCAAGCAAGAAGAGACACGAGUGGAGUGAAGCUGGAGGUCAACCAGAGUAUCCUGGGAUCCUGCUCAGACCUCAUGAAGGCUGUUCACAUGCUGGUGACAGCUUCCACUGACCUCCAGAAGGACAUUGUGGAGUCAGGCAGGGGAGCCGCUUCUGUCCCUGAAUUUUAUGCCAAAAACUCUCGCUGGACGGGGGGACUCAUCUCCGCCUCCAAAGCUGUGGGCUGGGGCGCCACACAGCUGCUAGACUCUGCUGACCGGUUUGUGGGUGAUAAUGGAACACAUGAGGAGCUCAUCGCCUGCUCUCAUGAGAUCGCUGCGAGCACGGCACAGCUGGUAGCUGCAUCGAAGGUGAAGGCCGACCGCAACAACAAGAAGCUCACAACACUACAGCAGGCGUCCCGACAUGUAAACGACAUGGCUGCUGUGGUCGUCACGUCCACCAAACAGGGGCAGCGGAGGACCUCUAAUGGUGUGAUGGACUUCUCUGGUCUGUCUCUGAUCAAGCUGAAAACAGAGGAAAUGGAAGCUCAGGUGAAGGUGCUGCAGCUGGAGAGGGAGCUGGAGCUGGAGCGAGUCCGUCUGGGUGAGCUGAGGAAGAGGCACUACGACCUCAACGAAGGCCCCGGUACUGAAGCUGAGGACGGACCAGAUAGCUUCCCACCUCCUCCACCCCCCACUCUGCUGGACUCCACACCUUCACCUCCGUCUUUUUCACCGACACAGCCUUACCUGAACACCCAGAGCUUUCCAUCGACCAACCCGUUCGCACCGGCACCGACUCAGGCUCCGGCUCCGGCUCCGGCAUCGGCUCCGGCACCGGCUCCGGCACCGGCUCCGGCUCCGGUUCCGGCUCCGGCUCCGGUUCCGGCUGUCUCACUGCCACAGACUUACACACCAACACACACCCAGUCCUACACACCUCCUCAAAGCUACACGCCAUCCAGCACCUACACUCCAUCCAGCACCUACACUCCAUCUCUAACAUACACCGCUCCUCAAAGCUACACACCCUCUCAGCCGUAUGUCCCCUCCUCUCAGCCGUACGUUCCCUCCUCUCAGCCGUACGUCCCCCCCUCCCAGCCGUAUGUCCCCUCCCAGCCGUACACCCCCCCCUCUCAGCUGUACACCCCAAGUUCAACCCCAAACCCUCAGUCCCACUUGCAGUCACAGCCGUCGUCAAACACAUCCCUGUCUCCACCCCAGGCGACCCCACAGAGAAGCACAAGCAGCCCAAAACUGUCCAUAAGAAAACCCAACAUCUUCACCAAGUCUGGGAACCUGCUGAAAAAUGCGUUCAAACGAGGGGAAGCUGGGACCGGGGAAUCUUGAACCUGACCACUGAAGAUCUUUUAACCAUCACUGGAACCUUAAAUCUGUUAAACAUGUUUGUUAUCAUAGUGAAGCCUUACAGCAUAUUAUGCCACAACUUGCUUUUGUACAUUGAUUUGAUUUAUGAAAUAUAA